AUGCAAGCCACAUGUUCCGCAAUCAGAGUCACAAAGACGCGUCACCCAGGUCAUUUCACCGCCACACUUCCCGAUCAACCUCUCCGACUUUCUCUGCACUACUGUACUGUAGCGCCUCCGACAUGCCGUUUAUCCAAUUACAGUCAGCAACAGCAACAACAGCAACAACAACAACAACAACAACAGCGCGCAUCGCACUCCGCGAUAUCUCUUCUGUCCCUCCGCAGCUCGGGCCAAGCAGUCACCGACACGGACGUGGGGUAUCAGCAGCAGCAGACCGCGGUCCCUUGCUCUCGCCAGAGAUACCGGUACCAGCAUGCUCGAGAACCGGCCCGCUUGUUUAUAUUAAAUCCGUCCCGCCGUCACCUCGUCAACGAGAUUCGACGAAAUUGCCUCGUCUCGUCCUGCCAGCCGUCCGUUCUCGCCAUGAGUGUGGACUUGUCGCCGCGAGCAGUACGCUUUUCUGAAAGCGCGCGGGAAGAUAAUCUGGAGAAUCUCAAAUCCCCCCGGGUCAUGGAGCGUCCUCACACCCUGAUGAGCGAUUCGGGAGGGUCUGGCUCCUCUGCAGAGACCCAGGAUGGUCUGGUCGCAAUCGAAAGCCGACCUCCUCAUCCUCCGACACUUGCUAUGCUCGAUCAGCGGCCGUCCAUGAACAGCAUCAAUUCGAAUCAGCGUAGCCAGAGAGGCAAUUCGGAUGCCAGUGGAGUAUACACACCGUUCACCCCGGGCACUCCCGCGCUCAAUGGCGCAACAAGUCGGCCCCAGAGGCCAACAGGGCCUGCGCGCACACCUUCGAGUACAUACGCACCAGCGCGCCGACCAGCACAAACUCCGGGCUACAUGCAGGCUGGGGAGCGCAGUCGGUCACACUCACAAGUGUCUCGCUUCAGUAGAGGAGAUGCAAACCAACUCUACCGUCAAGAGCAACCAGUCUAUCUACAGCGACUGCAAGAAGUGCAACCGGCGGAUUACUUCGAGCAGAUGACACCGAGUGCGGGAUACGGGACGGGCUCGGACACAGAAGAUGAUGAUUCCAAUGAGCUCCAAGUUGGUAGCGAGGCAUACGACUCGGAAACGAUAAUGUUCUACGGAAAUGACAGUAUGGCUCCCACCGAAGAAGAUCUCCAGGACCCUGCGAAUCGAGAAAGAUUAGAGUGGCACAGCAUGCUCGCUUCGGUCUUGACAGGAGAUGUCGUGAAGCAGGAAAAGAAACGGUUGAUAGGGGCCUCAGACAAGCAGGGAGAGAAUCUAUACACCGAGAUAUGGCUCGGGGUACGCUCAAAACUAUGCGGGCGGACUUUGGCGGCACAGCGGAGGAUGAUUGAAGAUACACGGACAACACUGGAUCACUUACUCGACGAGAUAAUCAGAUUCCAGGUCCAAGGAGAGAGCGAAGCAGGAAAACCAUCCGUGGACCAAGUGCGGGACGUUGUUGCGAAGAUCGAGAAGUGCGAAAGUCUUUUUCCCUCCCGGCUUGCUUUGGAAACAGCCAACAAACUCGCCGCAUCUGCACAGUUCCAUGCCACCUGCGAUGCUGUUAUCUCGUGGCAUAAUACGACAGAACUGAUUAAUACGGAACUCGGGAUCCUACAAAAUUGGGUUGGGAACGCCGAGCUGGAUUUCAACAGAGCAAAGGAGCGGUCUCCGUCUGGCAAUGGACUAUCUGACGAGUCUUCGUUCAUCGAUAGGCUGCUAAAGGAGGAUGGUCUACGAUCCCUUCAAGGCGAAAAGAGCAUCCUUUUGGGCGUCUCGGAGGUCAUCAUGAAAGCGAAGAGAACAUUGAUUCAGAAUUCUGAGGGAUUUGCAAAACGCCACCUUCCACCUUAUAUCGAGGAAUUGCUGACACUCAUAAACUUUCCAUCAAGACUGAUAGAAGAGAUUAUCAAAGUCCGACUUCAGUUUGCAAGAAAGAUGAAAGAGACAGCGCAGCAUAAUUUAAUGAUGCAAGAGCAAAUGAUCUCGCAAUUCCAAAUACUCCUGAAACUUGCUAUUCGCAUCAAGCAAGAGUAUCUGACCAUCUCACAACCAGAAGCUGGAUGGGAUUUGCCUCCGUGUAUUGAUGACGACUCCUUCGAUCAGGUUGUACUAGAUGCUUUGAAGUUUUACUUCAAGAUGCUGAACUGGAAACUCGGGGGCAACAAGAACACUUUCAAAGAGGCUGAAGUUUUGGAACAGGAAUGGGACUUUUCCAACGAGAUCGGACGCCAUCUGCAAGGCGGCGAUGUGGAAGUCGCAGAGCAAUUUAGCUCGCUCACACAUAAGGCUUUCUUUCGUCUAAGUCACACGUUUGAACGCGAUCUCCAGCGAAAGCCGAAGGAAAGCGCUCCAGAAAUGACAAAACGAUAUAAGCAGGUCCUUGACUCUGUUCGUGUUCGGCAACGUAUGUUGCAACGAUUUUCACGAGUGUUGAGCGAUCGCUUUGAGAAUGCCACAGACUUCAGCAUCGCUAUGAGGCACGAGCAACUCCAAACCCUCUAUUCGAGAUUGAUAGAAACUGGACAUUUCUUGGUCUACACUGCCAGCAUUGAGCACGACGGAAUUUUCCUUAUUGCUUCUCCGUCUUUAUACAACCGCCCACAGGAUAUCCAAUCCAUUCUCGGCACAUGCUACCAUUCAGACCAGGUCCAGGAGGACCCCACCAACCCUUACAUCCUGGUUUUGCGCCCCGAAGUUGUCGUCCCGUGGGACGGACGACAGGUCGACGCAAAUAUCAGAGAGCCAGCGACAGAUGUCAAAAUGGGUCAUCUCAGAUUGAUUGCGGAUGGCUCACAGGCAAGACUGCAGAUCGCGAGACAGGCAUUCUUGGAUCUGAUCGAUUUGCAUUUGGACAUGGUCGUUGAGCAACGGUCAAAUCUGAAAAAGGUCAACCUGAAGUUGACUGAAAUCAAGAAGGUCGUUUACAAGCUGUCGAAUAAUAUCAUGGACAGUGUCGAAAUUGUCAGAAACCAAACGGAAGGACUUGACUGUCAGGAGCUUAUACAGACCUGCUUCGUAUUUGCAACGGAAUUUGGGCAAAGAUCCCUACUCCACAUGGACCGUAAUCGAAAGCAGAUGAAUAACCUCAAGCUCACCAAGCUUGCUCUGGACUGGGUAAGUUUCGUCUGCGACGACUGCAUAGCUACCGAUCGGAAGACCUUUCGAUGGGCAGUGUUGGCAUUAGAGUUUGCAAUGGUGAUGACACAAGGUCAACAUAUCCUGGCGCUAGGUGACGACGAAUAUACACGGCUUCGUGCCAAGGUCGCAGGCUGCAUGUCACUUCUGAUCUCGCACUUCGACAUUAUGGGCGCGAGGUCUACACUCGCUGCUCAGGCUGAAAAGCAACGCAUAGAGGCAUUGGCUGGUCAAUUUAGGAAAAUGGACAUGAGCCGUAUGCUGGACGAUGAAGAGUCCUCUAAAUACGUUCGGGAGCAAAGACUAGAGCAAUUGACGUUUCUUGAUGAUAUCCGAAAACAGAAAGAGGCAGAGAGACAAGCACUGGGUCGAGUCCUUGAGGAGUCAAGCGAUGCAGACCGUUCCCUGACUUUCCUGUCUUCCUCUGCAUCUAACGUCAAUAUGCGGUGGCAGCAAGGGAACUUCGUGGGUGGUGGUACAUUCGGAUCGGUUUACGCCGCUAUCAAUCUUGACUCUGGUCAUCUAAUGGCUGUGAAGGAGAUUCGACUUCAAGACCCAUCCUUGAUCCCGACUAUCGCUGGCCAGAUCCGAGAUGAGAUGAAUAUUUUAGAAGUCUUGGACCAUCCCAACGUUGUGUCGUAUCAUGGCAUCGAAGUCCAUCGAGACAAGGUCUACAUAUUCAUGGAAUUUUGCUCGGGCGGCUCUCUAGCUGGACUCUUGGAGCAUGGGCGGAUCGAGGACGAGCAAGUUAUCAUGGUAUAUGCGUUGCAGCUACUCGAAGGUCUUGCAUACUUACACGAGAGUGCCAUCGUACAUCGCGAUAUCAAACCAGAAAACAUUCUCCUCAAUCACAACGGUGUGAUAAAGUACGUUGAUUUUGGCGCAUCCAAGGUCAUUGCUCGCCAAGGCAAAACUCUCGUCGCUGCCGAACCGGGCAAGGCAAACAAGUCUAUGACCGGCACACCGAUGUACAUGUCUCCCGAAGUUAUCAAAGGUGAGAACCCUGGACGAGCCGGAGCUGUCGACGUAUGGUCUCUCGGCUGUGUCAUCCUCGAGAUGGCGACCGGCCGUCGACCUUGGGCAUCGCUCGACAACGAAUGGGCUAUCAUGUACAACAUCGCACAAGGCAACCCGCCACAGCUUCCUUCAAUUGAGCAGCUUAGUCCAGAGGGCAUUGACUUCCUGAAGCGGUGCUUCAUCCGCGAUCCGAAAAAACGCGCUUCGGCCGCCGAGCUACUUCAACACGAAUGGAUCAUGGCUAUCAAAUCUCAAGUUGCCAUUGAACCCAGCACCCCAUCGGAUGCCGGGUCGAGCUAUUCUCGCGGCAGCAUCGGUUGA